CUUCUCACACUUCUCCGGCUUGAAAUCUACAUCCUUCAUGUUGGUCAUUCGUUUCGCGUUUGAUCCUUCUUCCACUCUCGGAUACACUUGCACCUUCCGGAAGCAAAUCUCUCUUAUGCCGUGUCGAUUAUAAGUAUCCUUGUUCAACACUUGGACAUUGACUUAAGCUCAACAUGUACAGACGCGCUGUCAUUGCUUAUUCACGCGCUUACUGGGGUGGGAUUGGAGAUGAGACAGGAUGGACGGCGGUUGGCGCCAACAAGUACCAAGUGCCGGCUGACGAGACUUGACUCAGCCGCGUUCUAUUCUUCCAAAACUUUAAAAAUCCACGAACCUGCACAUUUCAAAAACUUCUUUCCUGCCAAGUCAGAAACAUGUCAGGACGGCACGUCCACCGCUCGAGCAAUUCUCACGAACCUUGCCCUGUACCUGCCUGCUGCACUCAUUGAGUCGAUCAGCAUCGUCUGCAUAUCUCACCUCACGGAUGCUUGGAGCUCGUCGGAGGUACGCGAUCCGGGUUCUUACUUCCUGUUGAUACUGCUACAGCCGCGGGUUCUGCCAUAUCAAGAUACGGAUCGGCAAGAUUUGACGGUUUUCACAUACAACUUCCCGUCUCUUCUUAAACCGCGAAGCCACUUCUGCACUCUCAGAUACUCGUCCUUGUUUCUGGCCCUGCCUUUCCGAACAGCCACGGUCGAGGUCUCCAAGAUCCAUGACACCUUUCAAUGCCUUCGAUGCAAAUCGAUUCUUCGUCUUUCCGAACAACUCUGAGUCCAGCCAGAAGAGAUUUUCUCACGUCAUCCUUCCCAGACUUUGCAAAGAAGUCGUCGCGGAUUCUAUACGAUUUUCCUCCAGGAAAACUGCAUCCUGAUUACAUGAAACGUCACCCGCUUCGUGCUUCCGGAUGUACCAUUCAGGCUGAAGCAUUUUUCACCGCUUAACACCUCUAAUUGACCAAUUGUACAUGUUAUAUUGAUCCCUUUUCAU